AUGUCGCUGACAUUGCUGAUGGGUGGUUCCAUAUUGUACACGUUGGAACAACCACCCCAAGAAUCGCCACUCGACGUGUCGGCUUAUGGACGUCGGCAAGCCGUCCGGUACAACCUUCUCAUAUUAACAUUGGCAAUGAAGGUGACGUAUUCCUGGAUCAUAUAUUCAUGUUUGAUUUUCGGAACUGGCAUCCUGUGUGAAAGAAAACUUGAAAGACGACAAGCUGUAUCAUCUAUAUCAGAAAACACUGUUGAUAAGUUUAAUUGUCCAAAUGGACAGUUUAUCGAAUGGUCGUUGCUUUGUGAUGGUCAUGAGGAUUGUUCCGAUGGUUCAGAUGAGACCAAAGAGUUGUGUGCUUUAUACGAGUUUGAAACAAAUAUGACCAUGGAUUGUGGAAGAGUACAUAAUAUGAAAAACCAAGUAACACCCGAAGAAGCUGAUAAAUCAAUUAUUGAAUUAGCACCUUGGGCAGUUGCUGUGUAUGAAGAGAAUAAAAAUUACAAAGGGGAAAAAAUAUUUUUAUUUAUUGAACCGGCAUCGAUAAUUGCUCCAAAUAUAGCAAUUUCCUAUGGCUGA